GUGGAUUUGGGUUAGGGUUUCUUUAUAUUCAAUAUUGGUGGUUUUUGGUCUGUUUGGUUGGUUAGAAAAAUUGGUAGAUGGAAAGUUGUUUGCUUACAUGCAAUAAAGGGGUUAUUCAAUUAGGGCAAAAAACUCCACAAUUUAGGAGAAAUUUUGAGGAAAAGGAGAAAAUUUAGUGUUAUAAAGUUAAACCUGGGAUCCGUAUAAGCCAAAGUGUUAUAUUUGUAGCAGUUUUUCUCUCUACUGUCAGAUUCUUCUUCCUGGAUUUUGAAGGCAAUAGAACCAUUAGGAGAAAGUUUGUAAUUUCAUCAAUUAGGUAAAGUAUGUUUUUGCUUGUGUUUUGAGGUUACCGUUUCUAUGGUCCAUUUCUAUUAGUUACGAGAGACAGCAGCAGAGUAUUUGCUCAGCCCUACUCAACUUUAAUACCAAACAAAUUGAAACCUUUAGAUCCGGUCAUUAAGGUGAAUUAAUUUGGCACUCUUCAACCAUUAUAAACCCUCCUUGUACUACCAAGCAGAGUUAAAAUGCAUUAAGCAUAAUGAAAAGAAAAAGAUUUGCUUUGUGUAUUUGUCCAUGCAACGAAGCAUUUGGGUUACAGAACUUCAUUAAGUUUUCAACAGAUUUGGAAUGGAAACUAAUUUAUGUAGGUUCUGCUGAGGAUGAAACUUAUGACCAACUUUUGGAAAGUGUACUGGUUGGGCCUGUGAAUGUUGGAAACUAUCGUUUUGUUUUACAGGCAGACCCACCAGAUCCUUCAAAGAUUCGUGAAGAAGAUAUAAUUGGUGUGACGGUGCUUUUGUUAACCUGCUCUUAUCUAGGCCAAGAAUUCGUUAGGGUUGGCUACUAUGUCAACAAUGAUUAUGAAGAAGAGCAACUAAGAGAGGAACCUCCACCAAAAGUAUUGAUCGAUAAGGUUCAAAGAAACAUUUUGUCUGAUAAACCAAGGGUCACAAAGUUUCCCAUCAACUUUCAUCCUGAAAAUGCUGAAGCAGCUGAACAAACUCCACAUGAUCCACCUGCCGAAACUGAUGGGAAUGGAGAGCAUAUGCUUCCUUCCCCUGACCAUUCUCUGCAUAAAGAGGAAUCUUGAAUCUUAUGAUCGUUACCAACUGAUGGCCUCUCAAGUUUCCCAUUCAAAUUCAUAUAAUGAUAAUCACUAAAAGGGCAUUGCCUUUGCCAAAUAUUUUGUGGAAUGGCAUUUGGGCAACUACUUCUAAAUCUUUACAAAUGUUUUGAGCAAGUGAUGCUAGAUACUUUGGGUUAAAAGAGCUGAUAUUUUCUCUAAGCGACUGUAUCACUACCUUGACACCUGCCUCUUGAAUUGCUUACGUUUGUGAUCAUAUUUAAGUUUGUGAAGUUCUAAUUCAAUUUCAGUUCUACUAGUACUAUUUUCUUGCUUUACCACUGAUGUAUCGAAAAAGAGAGCCGUAGAUGGUUAAUGUAUACUUUCAAUUUUAGCGGAGGAAGUAGGUCUUAGUAUUUUGAGCUCAUUUUAGUGUUUCUUCCUCUCUAUUUUGGUUUGGUGUGAGAUGGGAGCUCAUUUGCAGGCUUUGCAGCUUAUUGGUAUGGGAAUUACUUGUAUAUAUAAACACGUUCUUUCGGAAUCUAAUGUAUCGGGUUUAUAAAUUAAGAGAAA